AUGCGACGCUUCCUACCGCGAUGGCUCCAGCGAGCGCCGACGCCGUCGCCCAAGGCCAGCGGUCCAUCCUCGACGGUCGAUACGACCGAGGCAGUCGUCGUCAACUUUGUCGGACUCGUCAUCGUCCAGGGCGCGACCGAGCAGCGUCAACUGCGCUACGACAUGGAGCUCAUCGUGCCCGAGACGCGGCGAAAGACGCAGUGCUCCAAGCGCUACAGCCAGUUUGUCGCGCUCCGCAAUGCGCUUCUGUCGCAGAUACAGGCGGCGUGCGCCUGCCGUCGCUGCGCAGCGGUGCGCACGGCGCUCAAGGCGGUCCCGUUUCCAUCGCGACGAUGGCCGGCGCGCGUGGGACACAUGUCGGAGCGAGCGUUGCCGCUCGAGCGCUUCUUGCAGCACGUGCUCGAUGUGGCGCUGGCGUACCCCGGCUGUGCCCGCUCCAAGAAAGGCUUUCACGACACGACGAGCCAUUUCAUCGGUGCCCCGGUGUGCAAGAUCCAGCCGACGCAUGCGCUGGACUUUCGCACUUCGCUGCGGUCGCUUCUCGUCUUGACACAGCUCGAGGUAGCUCUGCCUACGAGCUUAGCGCCAGAGAGCGACGCGUCAUGUGCCCACGAAGUGAUAGAGGCUACUGCGAGCGCCGAGAGCGACGCCGCGGCCGACGUCACGACAACAAGCCCACCGACACCACUCCAAGACACUUGCUCGUGUGACGCGGCGGCGUCGAUACUCUGCGCUGCGCAGGCCACAGAAUCGGACGCUGAUGAGACACUUGCGCUCGCGAUCCCGUCGAACCAAGCCGAAUGA